GCCGCCUAGCCGCUGCCGUGCGGUGCUGCCCGCCGCGGGCCGACACAGACGCCGGCGGCCGCCCGAGCAGUCAGCACGCCUGCGCUGCCCGCACAGUAGCCGCCAUGAGGCCCGACGCCAGCCAAGCCUUCCUGGUCGUGCCCGCCGCCGCCGCCGCGGCGCAGCACCAGCACGGCAUGCUGCACCACGCCGCUGCCUCGCCACCCACCUCCGACUACGAGGAGCAGCCCAUCUCCAGGACUUACCAGUACAGAAAGGUGAUGAAGCCGAUGCUGGAGCGAAAGAGGCGCGCUCGCAUCAACAGGUGCCUGGACGAGCUGAAGGAGCUGAUGGUGGUGGCGCUACAGGCGGAGGGCGAGAACGUGAGCAAGCUGGAGAAGGCGGACAUCCUGGAGCUGACGGUGCGCCACCUGCACAAGCUGCGCCGCCACCACGCCCUCGCCCUCACACCGGAGCUCGCCUACGCCGACAGGUUCCGCGCCGGCUUCACGCGCUGCGCGGCCGAGGUGUCACAAUACCUGGCGGGGGCGGCGACGGCGGCAGAGACGGAGGGAUCGGGGGCGGCCCCGGGGGCGGGAGAGACGGGCGCCGCGCUGCUGCGCCACCUGGCAGCGUGUGUGCGCCACCUGGAGCAGCGCGGGGGCGGCGGCUCUCCGCCGCCGCCUCUGCCGGUGCACCAGCCCGCCAACACUCCGCCUCCAUCGCCUCCACCCCCACCUCCGGUGACUCAACAGCACCACCACCAGCAGCAGCCGUCUCCUGUCGAUACUCCGGUAUUAACCGCUAGAACCACUUCAGUUCCGCUGACGCAUGACAAACCGGAGAGUAUGGACAUAACCGAAGAAGAGGCGGAAGACGCACAGGCAUCGUCUGUUUGGAGGCCGUGGUGAGCCAGCACAGAAACUGGUUUAGUGGCGCUAGUUGCAUAUACCAAUGGUCUUUCUACGUGACAGAAUGUUAUUCAACAUAGAACAAGUUUACAACUAAAAAUUACUUAGCUUAUACAAAUUGACUGAGUAAGUCUCUUUAUUUGGAUUUAUCCAUUACAGUAUCAAACAAAUAUAGAGACGAAUAUUCUAGGCGACAGUGGCACAAAAACCGGAAAUUAAAAUUCGUACCAUCUGGUAGUGUUCCACAGUUUGCUGGGUUCUUGUCUGACAUAGGACGGUGUACCUGUACCACUUUCGGCUGUUUCUGAAGCCAUUUGACUUACGUGGAUGCCCUGUCACGCAGUGGGGAGUAUCCCUGAUGACGUACCACAUAUCCUGGAGGUACAUACCCGUCAUCAGCGUGAGGUCAUGCUGUUUACAUACAUGGCUUUAUACAUUGCACAAGACGAACAUAACUCAUAGUCAAUACGAGCAUGAAUUCAUAAAGUAAUGACUGCACUUGUCGAGAGUGGAGAUCAAAAAGUAUAUGAAACUUCCUGGCAGAUUAAAACUGUGUGCCCGACCAAGACUCAAACUCAGGACCUUUGCCUUUUGUGGGCAAGUGCUCUACCAUCUGAGCUAAGGAAGCACGACUCACGGCCGGUCCUCACAGCUUUACUUCUGCCAGUAUCUGGCCUCCUACCUUCAAAAAGUAUAUAUCUCAUGUAGAAUUUAAAAAUCUUCUGUUAUGUUUGGUCCAGUCGUUCAUUCCAUAAGGUCACAUUGCUCUCUUUUUAGAUAGAUGUAAAAACUUGGGCAGAGACUUUUGGGGUAGUGUCCAGCAGUGGGAUUAAUAUGAAGAAAUGGUAUAUAGCUGCAUCUACGUCUCUAUUUCACAAGCCCCCUUAUUGUACGUGGCGGAGGGUGCUUUGUGUCCUUAACCUCCACCUUUCCACUUCCAGUAACGAAUGGCACAUGGGAAGAGAGAUUUCGUGAGAGCUGAAAUCUCCCUGUUCUUGCUCAGGAGGAAGCAAUAUAUUGAUUGACGUUUCUUUGGACGCUGACACUCAGAAUUUUAACAGUAAAACAGACUUGAUGCCCAAUGAUUCCCUUGUAGUGUCUUCCACUGUACUUGGAUGAGCUUCUCCGUGACCAAGAUUAUCAAAUGAAUCUUUGACAAAACUCGAUUCUCUUCUUCAUAUCUCCUUUAUUUCCCCUGUUCCUGAGAUGCCCAAACAACUCAGUAGAUUCAAAAUCUUAAACAUGACUGCAGAUUAGCAACUGUAUAAAUAUGAAGAGGUUGAAAAAAAUCAGCCAGCCAGUUGCAAAACAAAGGUUUAUUAGCCCUUGAUAUAGGUUUAGGUAUUUCUAAACAUAUCGUCUUCAGAGGGAGUGGGUCUUGUUACAUUAAUGCACCACCAUGUGAUAUAACGAGGCCCACUCCCUCUGAAGAAGAUAUUUUUAGAAAUGUCUAAACCUACGUCAAGGGUUAACAAAACUUUGUUUUGCAACUGGUUGCCUCAUUAUUUUCAAAUGACUUGUUAGAUUUGUGUGAAAGAUCUGUGUUAUCAGCAUUUAGUAGUUAGAAUGAUACAAGAGAUGAAAAGAGAAAAAUAGGUUUGAAGUACAUUCAAUACAGUUAUCCCAGCAAUGUUUGAGCAGAGUGACACACUUUGUCUGUCAGAAAGUUUAGAGAGAUUUAUAUACUUUGGUAAGACUGUUGUUUACAUUACAAACUUUUGAUUCAAAAUUCAAGAUUAUUCAGUCAUAAAAGUGUAAUCUUCAUGCCACAGAUUUGCCGUCCAUACUAUUCAUCUGUAAAAGACUACUGUUAUAAUUCUACAGCUUCGCAUCAUAUUCAAGACACAUUCGCAGGUCUUUGUUUAGCGUUUCAGUAACAUAUGGUGCUAUGUCAUCUGUUUCUGUUAUGCAAUUUUCAGAAAAUACAAGACCUAAGGUAUUCCAUGUUACUACAGAUCAAAAUUGUUCGUAUUACUUAAUAAGUAUUUUUAAAUGUGUCAUAUCAGUGUAUACUUUUAAAAGUUAUAAUCUGACUAUUUUUGUAUUACACCAAACGUAAGUGUAAUAAUGUGCAUCUCCUGUCAAAGACAUGAUUCACUCUGUAUUCAUACUGCUCCUGCCACAUAGUGUAACAGUGAUGCCACUGUCUUGUUGUCUUGUGUGUGGACUGUGUAGAGUGUUACUGUUAUUUGAAGCAGCUGUAUAUUGGCUUAUUAUGGUAUUAUGGUUGUAGCUUUAAACAUAUUCAUUGUUAAAUUUAAUUAUCAGUUAGAAGCCUUACAGGCUAUUUCAAUUUUAGUUCAGUGUUAAGAGUAUAUUCUAUAAUAGUUUAAUAUUAUGUCACACCAAUGUUUCUUAGGAAUCCUAUUUAUUUAUUAGACCCUACCAGUAAGGUUACUGCACAUUUAUUAGAGUUGAACUUAAAUAUUGAGGUAUUACUAUAUUUUUAAAUGUUGCCCAAAAGAAAUAUGCCCAAUAAGAGUAAUAUUUUAAUGACAUGACCAGCAACACUGUAUUUCAAAACAUAAUUUAAUGCAUAAUGAAACGAUCCUUUACUCAAAAUCUCAAGUAUUUGCUGUUCACUGACCUACAUUAAAAUUUUUCUAGAAAUGUUGUACAUGUAAUAUCUCAACAAGUUGAUAGUUUAGGAAUUAUAUCACCUAAUUUAUGUUGUUAGGAAAUUCUAUAUGAAAUUUUUUGCUAUCGAGUUAAAAGUGGAAAUGAGCAUAAUUUCAGAUAUUUUCAGGCAGUGUUAGAUUUAUAUAUGUAUAAUAUACUGAACAGAUUUUUCAGCCCAUAAUUUUAUUCCUGUUAUACAGUAACAUUAGUUUCAAAUGACAGCACCAGUUAGAAUAUAUGAACUUUACUGUAAAGACAUUAUUAUCUUUUAUUUUACAAUGGCGAUAGUGAAGUAAGUUGAAGACUGUACUUUGUUGCAUACGUUUAAUCAAUGUGGUAUGCAAAUAUAUGCAGUGUACUUAAAACCUACCAUGGUAUUCGUGAAAAGACUGUGAUAUCUCCCAAGUACCUGAAAGUUAACUCUGUACUACAUUAGUUCACUUGUAAGUACUCAGAGAAUUAUGUUUGUGGCAAGAGUGUUUCACCUAAAUGUAUAACACAAAUAAAAUAUGAUUGUAAA